GUUACGCCGGCUAAUCCGAAUCGGUUCUUCGAUGAAUGAUAUUAGGGCGGUUACCUUUUUUAAGUUCUUCUGGUUACUAUCCAAGAGCGCUGCUUGUGGCAAGGAUGAGAGGUUAGCAGGGGGAGAUUCAUUUGAGAUAGAUAUCCAAAGUAGCUUUCCAAAAUAAGAUGUUUGUUGCGGAUAGAUAUGCGGGGGUUGUACUGCCAACAGCACACGUUGAGGUAUUCGAUAUUGGGUAUGCAAUGUUGAGAGAGUAUGCAAGAGACAGUUGUCGUAGAUGUGAUUAGAUGAGGAAUCAGACGCCAGAUGUAUCCAAGAGACCCAAGGUGAGAGAUCGUUAUAAGGUUAUGAUUGCUGAGCAAGCCGAUGGGGAAGAUGUUGUACAGAGGAGAAAACCAAGUCCGUGCGAUGAUGCGUCGUUUAACCAAGAACCCAAGAUGAAAUAGGGAUACAGCGUGUCGUGAGGUGGUCGUGAGGUGAUACAGUGCCGGUAUCGUUAUGGUUACAAAUUGUACAAGGCGAAUGCAGAAUAAUAGCAAUAAGAUGAUUGGAGUGAUGUUACAGUACAAGGUGCUUGGGGG